AUGGUUUGGCUAGAUGAGCGGACGUUGAAAGGGUGGAGCGGCAGAGACCAGAACGUGGGAUUGAUCGGCCUGCUGAACGGAGCAUGCUACGCAGAUGCUGGAUGGUCGUCGGAUGGAGUCGGAGCGAUGGACACGAGCAAGCAAAAGGAAGAAUGUCGAUGGUCAGAGGGUCAGCAGAGCUUUGCUGCGUCGUCGCCUGCUAAGGGACUGCUGACCUUUCCGAACGACGUUCGCUACUCGCUACCCUUCCUUUCUCUCUCUGUUGCACGUCACAAGCAUCGCAUACGGCACGGUGUCGCACCGCGCAUCGAGCAUAUAGCAGGCAUGCCACCAUCAUUGACGGACAACAAGGAUGCGCUGGUGCUGCGCCUCAAGUACCACAAGACUACCCUCUUCAUCGCAUGCCAACCUACCACACCGAUAUCCACACUCAAAGCUGACUUCCUAUCAGCCAUCAAGUCCACCAACCAGCCGGAGCUGUCGACGCUCCCACAAUUCUCACAGCCGGACGGAAAGUCGUACCCAUCAUGGGGUCAGAUGGAUGGCGAGCACGACAUUGGUCUGUUCAUCGCUAGCGCUGCCGGAAGCGACGAUAGUAUGACCGUCUUCAUGCCUCUCGACCAAGACACGGCGCAGCAGUCGGAUCUCUCGGUACGCAAAGCUGGUCUCAAGGACUCGGAUGCCGUCUGCGUCGGUUUCCGUGCCGAUGGAGCCUGUAAGUGCACAGCCGACACGCUGCAAUUCAAUCGGUCUAUAUACAUGUCACUGACCUCGGCGAUAUCUCACUUGACGCCUCUCGUUGUUGCAGCCUCCAUUUCUCAACCCAUCGUGCAAUUUACCGACGUCGAAGAAGAGGAAGAUGAAGACGCCAUCGACCCGGAUUCGGUCCCGCCUCCUCUGUCAGAUUAA